AUGUCACAUCGUUCAGGUCAUCAAAACGUCAAUAUAGAGGAACGUCGUAGCGGUGCUAGUCAAGCCACCUCAAUCGACCCUAAAAAACUGGAAUGUUACAGCCUCUCGCCUGGUAACCAUUACACACUAGAAAGAUACUCCAGUAAACACAAAAUGGAAUCGCUACGAGGUACCAAGUACUAUGUGUGUCAACUUUCUGACAAUUGCAAAAGUAGGCCUCGGGAUAGCUUGAAAGAUCUCGAGGAACAUGUUCAGAGUCAACAUAUGGAACCACUUUGUGGAUUUAUUGGGCGUAGGCUAGCAAGACAAGACCAUGUGGACAUGAGUCAGUGUCAUGAAGGCAGUGAAAGGAGAAGGAGGCGAAAGGAAGGCCUUACUUCCAGGACUAAUGCAGAGGAGCAGAAGAGGUUUAAAGAUGGAGAAAGAAGAAGGGCGAAAUAUGAAGAAGAAGACAGAUUGAGGAUGUCGGGAAAUGGUAAGAGUGCAGCGACUAGUGGAAGUUUAGGAAGUGGUGGAAAGAGGAGAGCAUAA